GAAGAGUUGGUAGGUCCAUGUGGUGCACACAAGUGGAAGCUUCGAACUCCUCAGAGACUGCUGUUGAAUGGAGAAACUCCGCUGCCACAUUUCUUCCUCUGCGCUCUUAAAAUAAACGUAUGACCGUCUGGAGCUAACAAGGAUGGAGUGCCUUUACAUCUCGGCUUGGGGCGACCGCUCAACAGGACCUCUGGGAAGCCAGUCUCUUCUGAUGGAAGACAGAAGGCAGAGGAGGGAGGAAAGGCCGCUCAGUGUAAGAAGCUGAAGGUGGGAGACGAGUUGGUCAACAUCAACGGCUCUGCACUUUACGGCUCACGCCAAGAAGCGCUCAUCCUCAUCAAAGGCUCCUACAGGAUCCUGAAGAUCGUAGUUCGCAGACGCACUGUGCCCCUGAUCCGCCCUCACUCCUGGCACCUGGCGAAGGUGUCUGAGCCACUCUCUCUGCCUGGUCAAGCAGGCAGUCCGGACGGCCCCCUGGCCAUGCAGCUCCACCCCCCUCCAACCUUCAGUGUACCGUGGCACUCGGGGGGUGAUAGCAGAGAGCUGUCCAUGCAGUUGGGCCACCUCUCCAGCACAGACCACAGCAGCUCACUGGGGAGCAUGGAGAGUUUGGAGAACCCUUCAAGUCAAGGAUAUUACGACAACCAGCUCUCCCCUAUCGACCCUGCCAUCUUCAACAACAAACGUGACUCGGCCUACAGCUCCUUCUCUGCCAGCUCAAACACAUCUGACUACACAGUAUCUUUACGACCUGAGGAGAACAGCUCCAUGGACAGUCUACUUCAGGGCUUGGGCCCCUCAUGCAGGUUUAUAGAGGGUCGCCCACACUCUGCAGCCAGUGGACCAGGUGAACUGCACUGUGAGGAUGGAAGCCUCAAGUCUAGGUCUCUGCCCCAUAGACCAGAGGCUAAGGUACGGCCAUCGUCUUAUGGCUAUGAAGAAGAGAAGUGCGGACCUCCGCAGCCUCCCAUGAGGAAGGAUAGUUUCAGGGCCACCAGAGGUCGACCAGGGGUGGCAGACAAACGUUGUGUGUCUGCUCCUGUCGGUAUCCCAGUUAUGAACAAUUGCUUGAUUGAGAGUCCAUCUCACACUUCUGAGGGAGUAAUUGGAAGCGGAUGUCUGAAAGAAGCACAGGAAAAUGGCCAGGACUUGGUCAGGAAAGGAAACCGUGCUGAACCGUACUACACCUUAAGUUCCCAAAGAGAACUAUUUAGAGAUAACCAUGAUGGAUCAACUGGGGAGUGCAACAAAAACCCUAGUCGCCUUAAACCUCUAGAGAGGUGUUCAUCUCAGCCCAGUCCUCCACCAACAGAGAUUAAUGAACCCCAACUCGGCCUGGAGGACAGUCUUCAAACAAGGAUGCACAGGCAUAGUGCCCCCGAAAAAUUACUUGCUUCCCAGUUACAUAUGAUGGAACUUUCCAGUGAUAAUAGUGAACAUUCCAUGUCCCCCAAUAGUCAGUGGUCUCAUUCUUUGCACUCUAGGCUAGAACUGAGAGAAAACAGCCCAGAUGUUGCAUCCCAGGGAAAAUGGGAAGGCAGUCGAUGCUCAACCCCUGGUUCUUUGACCACUUCAGAACUGGAUGAACAAAGGUUGGAGGAUGACCAGUUUGAUUCAGGCCAGAGCCUCUCUCCUAUUCACCCUUCCUGGGGACGAUCAGCCAGUGUUCCAGGUGAACCUACAAGAAAUGGAUUUUCUGGAUCUGGAUCCUCUUUAGACUCUGAUCUCCUGGAAAGAGAUUUUGGACCAAUAAGUGCUGCAGCCAGCAUGGACACUCUAAUUGAAGAGGACCAUGACCGAGGAGGAGAUGAAGUUGAGAUUUCCAAGCCUCCUCAGAAGCGGCAAUUUCGCUCUUCCAAGUCUCGCCGUCGGAACGAACGUUUUGCCACAAACCUUCGCAAUGAGAUACAGAGGAAAAAAGCUCAGCUGCAAAAGAGUACAGGCCAGAGUGGACUCCUCUUUGGUGAGGAUACAGUAAAGGAAGAGGACAGUGCAAACUUUCAAGUAGAAGAUGAAUCCCAAGCAGGGUUUUUGGAAAUCAGUCAAACCAGAACCCAAACCCAAAGUAGUAAUCAGACUACUCCUGCAUUGGCUCCAUCCCAGCCUAGAAGAACGACCUCAAACUCAGCAUUUCAGGAAGAUUCUGAAAAACACUGUGGAAUUAACCCUGUAGAACAUACAAGCACUUGUACUGAGGAUAGUAGGUUAGUUUCCCAGCAUGAAACCCAGGGCUUCCCAUCAACAGAUGGCAUAAGGCCAGUAUGUGUGCGUGUAGUUGAGGAGGUUGCACCAGCAGGUAAAGCUCGCCGCUGGCGUUGGACACCGGAAAAUAAAUUGCAACCAGAAGUGGAAGUAUCUGAGAAGAAAAGUGUCAAAGAAAUAACGCCGCCACCUUGGAAGCCUCAAACAACUAGAGCUAGAGUGGGGUCUUCGAGUGGUCGCUCCAGUAGGACAGAUGAUUGCGAUAUCCUACCGUUUGCAGACCGCAGAAAGUUCUUUGAGGAGACUAUCAGAAACCUGAGCCAGUCUGUGACCAACCUUGCAAGCCUGACUAGUCGCCGCCAGAGGCCAGAAAAACAGGGGAAGUUGGAUGAGCCAUCAUCUCCUGAUCCCCCUCGUGAGUCAGUCCCUGAACUUGGACGGAGGAGGUUCUCCUACCAGGGCGGAGUUCAUGAUGGAACUUCAGUGAGUUCGCUUGAGGCUAGGAGACAGUUUGUCAGCACGCAACGAGAAAGGGAUAGAGAAAGAGAGAGGAUGGUGGAAAUUGAGAGGAAGAGGGAGAAAGAGAGGGAGAGAGAGAAAGAAAAGGAGAGACAAAGAGAAAAAGAGAGACUCCGGGAGCAAGAGAGAAUCAAAGAACAGGAGAGGUUUCAAGCAUGGAAAAAGGAGCAGGAUGAACAAAAAGAGAGAGAAAGAGAAAUGGCAAAUGCAAUAAUGGUAGAAAGAGAACAAGAACGAGUGCAACAUGUAGAGGAAAAAUGGGAAAUGGACAGAGAUGUUGUGUAUGCGGGUCAUGAUGUCAACAACACCAUUAUGCCACCACCUUUGCCCCAUGGAACCCAUCAAAACCAGCAGUACCUUUCUCAAAGUGGUGUCACCCCUUAUAGUUCUCAUCCAGACAAUUCCUACAUUCAAAGUGUCCCUGAUAUUCAAAAGCCAUGCUCAGCCUUCAGACCUGUGAUGAGCCACCAGUAUCAAUCAGACCACUGCUGCCUACACCCAGGAAACAAGGCCAGGAGCUGCACCCCAACAGAGGCCUAUCCUGUACGGGAGCUGGAACAAACAAAGCUCAACAGGAAGUUCAGUCUGACUGAGAGGGACUAUCCCCACUACAGACGAGACUCCAGGCCAGUAGAGGUCACUGUGGCUCCAGGCUUCCAGAGCCAGUGGAAUAAUAAUAACAGGCUACGUUUUAAUAACAAUGAGAACCAACCCUUCAGGUCAUCACUACUCAGAAACCGUGCCAUGUCAGAAAACGAUCUACGUGUGCUGAUUCCCUGCCUUCAAAGCCACCUAGCAGCUAAUACCAACUCGGGCAGAAUGUCUUCCACCCUCAGAGAACUGGACGAGAACAUCCCCUCUGAUAGCGAGGAAAAGAAGAAGAAAGGUCCUCCUCCUCCUCGUCCGCCACCUCCAAAGUGGGGGCAGUUUCACAUGAGACGGGCCUCUCACCACAACCUCUUCUCCUCUCCACCUGCACCCUCCCCACCGCCGCAAACGUAUACGUCACGCCCACCUCUCGUCACAGAAUUGACACGGCAGAGGUCCUAUAGCCUUCCUCCGAGGGAUGGGAUGGAGAACUGUCAGCAGUGCCACCAGGAAUGCCCAGUUGCUCCACCCAGCCCUGCUUUCAGUCGCAGAGCUUUUAAACCGGUAGCUCCACCUCCAAAAGAGCAAGACGUGCCCCCGACUCACCACUACGAUAUGAAUAGUGAGAUAGACCCACCUCCAGCAGUGGCACAAGUCGAGCAGAGCACAAGAUUGCCACACCCAACCUGGAGACUGCCUUCAGAUCAGUACCAGCCACCUGUGGUCAAGCCUGUCUUCCAUAAGCAUAGAGCAGAAUGGGACCUGACCAAUCCUCAUAAUUCCUCACCAACCAAUAGCACUAGCAGAUCUUCAGGACCCAACCCAUCUGAAAAUGGCUCUUAUCCUGGAGCUGUCCCUCCCGAGUCCUACUUCACAAUGAACAACAACAACACCUACCAGCAGCACUUGCAGAAUUGGCCACAACAAACAGGAGCAGUGUGUAAACAUCUGGAACCAUCUACCCAAACUCCACUUCCGAUCCAGGAGCAGACCUUGCCCUUGGAGACGGACAUCGAUGAGGUCCAUGAGGAUGAGGGCACCUCAGUGGAGCAGCAGAGCCGAGAGGAGGGCGGGAUGGAGAUGCAGUGUUUUGCUCAGCCAGUGACUGUGCUGGAAACUGACAUAGACACUGUAACUGAGGAGGAAGCUCCUCUGGCAGGGAUGAGAAGAGGACAGAGAGUGUCCCUGGUGGACUCUUUCUUAGAGAAGGACUGUGAAAAGGCUGGGAAGGAGCUGAUGGUGGAACUCUUCCCUCAGUGCACAGACACAGGGAGUGGAGGAGAGGGCUGGAGAGGAGGAUACCCAGUCAAUGUGGACACUCUAGAGAGGUCUUCCAGACAGCUCUCCUCAACAUCACAUGCCUUAGCCUCCACUACCUACAGUGAUUCCACCAGCAAAGCCCAGCUCUUUAACAAGAUGAGCAACUUCUCCGAGGUGAAGGAGGGGGAGGAGGAGCUUAACUACAAGAAACAGUUAAUAGAGAGUCUGCGUAAGAAGCUGGGUGUAUUACAUGACGCUCAGAGGGGUCUGCAGGAGGACAUCAGGGCCAACGCUCAGCUGGGUGAGGAGGUGGAAAGCCUGGUGCUGGCUGUCUGCAAGCCUAACGAGGUGGACAAGUACCGCAUGUUUAUUGGGGACCUGGACAAGGUGACGAGUCUGCUGUUGUCCCUCUCUGGACGGCUGCUCAGAGUGGAGAGUGCCCUGGAUUGCCUGGAUCCGGAGUCUGGACACACUGAGAGGCUCCCCCUGCUGGAGAAGAAGAAGCAGCUUCUAGCGCAGCUGGCUGAGGCUCAGGAGCUGAAGGAGCAUGUGGACAGGAGGGAGCAGGCCGUGGGCAGAGUGCUGGGCCGCUGCCUGACCCCUGAACAGCUGCGUGACUACAGCCAUUUCGUGAAGAUGAAGGCGGCGCUGCUGGUGGAGCAGAGGCAGCUGGAUGAUAAGAUUCGUCUGGGAGAGGAGCAGCUCCGGGGCCUGCGGGAGAGCCUGGGCAUGGGCAUGGGCCUGGGCCUGGGGCUAGGUCUGGGAGUUGGACUGGGAUAUGGGCAUUAGGAAGAGGAAGAGGAAGUGGGGGGGAGGGUACAUGCAUAUAAGCAUCAGGUGUCUGAAUGAUACAGAGCCUUGUGUUUGGACUUUAUGAAGAACUUGAGAACUUGUAAUAAUGCACACAACUUCUUAAGAAGCACAGACUUGCAGACACUACAGCGAACUCUUCAACAGUAGUUUAAUGAAUGCUUGGUGCCAACAUUUCACCCACUCAGCCACGUUUUCGCACUGCAGCGGCACUACUUGAAACCGUGUGUUGAGAAUUCAACCACGUUUAGCAGGAAAACGACAUCCAAACACUAAAAAACGUCUAACUAAAGCCACAUCACAACCCUGUGUGUACCUGCCGUCGAUCUCAACUUAGGGAUUCUCCAUGCACUGCUAUUUAUUUAUUUAUAUCUCUCAGCGAAUAUGAAGAAUCCAUUCAGUGUCUCUCAUAUCACAAAAAUCUCAUAUCACAAAAAUCUCAGCACUAAUACAUUAAUCCAUUCUGUAUCAAAAUCUAAUAAGCAUGCUACUUUAAAUCCGUCAGAGAAGCCAGAAUAGGGAUGUGUAUAAAAAGGAAGGAUUUGUAUAUCAGUGAUAGUGUUAAGAUUUUAGGAUGACUAAACUGGGAGUUUCUGAUUGGCUAAUUAUUUUGUUCAAACUGGAAUUUGCUUUAAAAUGAAAGCAUUAUAGAACUUUAAUGCACUCUUAGUUCACUAGAGAUAACCACCCUUAACCCUCCUGUUAUGUUGUGAAAAAAAGGAGAAAAAUACAGGAACAAGUUUUUUUUUUAUUUUUUUUUAGCAUGAAUCCUUUUCUGCUGGACACAAUUACUAUAAUAAUCACUUAAAUUGAAAAUUACUAAUUUAAACAUUACCAUUCAAAUGUUUGUCACAUACACAGUCCAGUCAGAAUAUUAUGACCACCUCCUUGUUUCUACUCAAGUGUCCAAUUGUCCAAAUUUUUAGCACUUUGUUUUUAUUCUCUCAAUUUAAACGGACAAAUACCCAACCCUCUUAUUAAGACUCCCCCUAUCGCUAGUGAUGCCCCGACACCAAGAGUGUAAAGACAUGCACAUGCCUCCUCCAAUACAUAUAAAGUCAGCCACCUCUUUUCAACUGCUGAAAGUUUUCAACUUGCCGAGCAGCCAGCACGCUCUAAGGAAAGUGCAGCAACUCGGUUCCAAUACAUCAGCUCACAGACGCCUCGUGCUGCAGACAUCACACUUUUUAUGGCAAGCUACAUGAACAGGAUUCGAACCGGCGAGCUCCCGAUCAUAGUGGCAUCACCUUAGUCUGCUGGACCAAUCGGAGCCCAGUUGUAUAAUUAUUGACUGUAUUCCAUCUGUCCUGUGACCACUGAUGAUAUAUCUACAAGGUGGAGCAUUGAAAAAGAGGGUGAACGAAAAUACCUGUAAUUAUAGAACUACAAAUUUGGACAGUGAUUGCAGAAACAAGGAUCUGGUGCUAAUAUUUUGACUGGACUGUGUAUAACAAAGAAAUGAGGCUACGCAAUAAUAAUAUGAAGUUCAGGUGGUAAAUUAUUAUUAUUAUUUUUUUUUUUACCAAAAAUGGGGGAAAAAAACAAGUGCAUAAGCAAACCCAAAAUAUUUGUUUACAAAUUUCAUAUAAAUUUGUACAAAAUUCAUAUAAUAAUUUAGGUUAAUUAAAUGUUAGUGAUGAAAAAUAUUUAACUUUAAGAUAAUUAAAAAUGCAUUGGAUCUGAAUUUUACUUCUAAACAUAGCAAGGGGGUUAACCUUCUAAACCAUUCAGCCUGAUUAGGGAAAUCCUUUUCUUAAGGAUAUUUGGCACAAAUAUGUCCUGUCCAAGUCUUUUAUACUUCAAAGCAUAAACACAAGACAUAUUCCAAGCUUUGCAUUAUACUAUAUAUAAAUAUGUGCUUUACUGUAUUUUUCAUAAUUCCUUUCAGGAUUUCUUCUUGUUGUUGCUGCCAAAGAUUCAUUUUACGAACACAAGAAUAAAACAUGGUGCUUUUAAUUUUUCUUUAGAAUCACAUGCAGUCAGUCGGCUAGGCUCGACCCUGUGCGGGUCUUGUUUCAGUUUUACUCUUCUCGCAUCUUGUCUAGUUCUGAGUAUUAGAUGCUAAUGUUUAGUUUUGAGAAAAAAAAAACAUAAAAAUGUGCAUCUGCUGUGUAAAAUAAUAAACCAAUAUAGACCACGAUAGACUGUAAUAUAAUAACCUCUGGCCAAACUGCUUCCUAACAGCCUUAUCCGUGUGGAGAUUUCUUUCUUGAGGAAAGGAGAAUGCUGCUUUAUUCAACAUUUAAUGCAUUAAGAAUUUGAAACAGCCUUAUUUACUUAUUUCUACCAAGAGAAAAUGUUAAAGCAGUUUAUUGUAGUUCUUUCUGUUUGUGUUUUAGGUUCAUUUCAGGAUUGUAUUUGAAGGAGCUUCCAAAUGUAUAAAUGUAUUUUUCUCUCACUGUGCCAAAAUAAUGAAUGUGCUGUUUGUUACUGCGAGAAAAUGCCAAAUGUGCCCUUGUAUACGUUCUUGCCUUGUAUAUAUAGCCUCCUUUGUACUCUUUUUGUUGUAUUAUACCUUCGUAAAUAACUUCAGGCUGGAAAAGUGAGAAAAUAUUUGAGUAACUGAUCAUUUCUUUCUCUUUUUGAUAUUAGUCCAAAGUGGAAUAUGCACAGUUGAUGAUAAAAUAUUAAUAUUUUAA